AUGGCCGACCGCCGCCAUAGCUCCGUCGACGGCAAUGCCAUGCUUCCUCAACCGCACCCGCAAACAAACCCCAGCGGCGUCAUCACGGACGAGCUCAAAUUUACGCAAGACGCGGACAGCGAAGCUCCGGGAGCUGAGCUCGGUUCAGAUGGCAAGCACAGUGGCGAGGGUUUCCACAGCGGGCAAUCCGAGCAAGGACCGCCGCCGGCAGUCGAACAAUCAAAGUUAAUCGUCGACCCAACCGUGGCAAAGCAUGUCAGCGAUGUCAUGUCCUCAGAGCUCGGUAUUCCCAUUUUGUUGAACCGGCUCAAGCAGAGCGUGGCGUCUGCGAAAGAGUUUUCUCUCUUCCUCAAGAAGCGGUCCGUCCUUGAGGAAGAUCAUGCGCAAAGCCUGCGGAAACUGUGCCGAUUGACCCAAGACAACGCGCGCCGCCCGGAACAUCGCCAAGGCUCCUUUGCUAAAUCCUACGAUGAAAUGGUCUUCAUUCAUGAUCGCAUGGCGGAGAAUGACUCGCAGUUUGCCGCGUCGUUGCAUCAGAUGCACGAGGAUUUGGUCGAGCUUGUUGCGAACGGGGAAAAGGGACGGAAGAUGUGGAAGGUAAACGGCCUGGCGGCUGAACAGAAGGUGGCGGAUUUGGAACAGGUCAUGCGCAAGAGCAAGGCCAAAUACGACUCUCUGGCUGAGGAGUACGACCGGGCAAGGACUGGUGAGGCGAGGCAGGGCGGCAAAGUGCGAGGCGCGUUCAAGGCGCACAAAUCCGCGGCGCAACACGAGGAGGAUCUGCUGAGGAAGCUCCAGGCAGCAGACCAGACGUACCAGAGCCACGUCCAGACGUUGCAGAAUGAGAAAGCCCAUCUUGAGAAAUCUGCUCGGCCAGAAGCCGUCAAGGCCCUUCACGAGCUGAUAUCUGAGACGGAUUCUGCCGUCACAAUGCAAAUGCAAAAGUUUGCCGCCUUCAAUGAGAAGCUGCUGCUCGGCAAUGGCUUGAUCGUCAGCCCGUUCAAGUCUCAGGGAGCCGAAGGUGUCGGGCAGCCCCGUAGCUUGCGCCAAGCUGUUGCCGCCAUCGACAACGAAAGGGAUCUGAACGAAUUCAUUUCCAGCCAUCAUGGCAAGAUCCCGCCUUACACUGAAGUGAAAUAUGAGCGCAACCCAAUAUUGAACCCUCCAGCCUCCUCCAUAAGUCAACCUCUACCCUCAAGCAUGCAUGCGCCGCCCCCGAUAGGCGGGCAGACUGCUGCAGGCCCCGAGGGGUCUGCAGGACAGUCACUGACGAUGGGCUCCCGAAGCAGCGCAGGCAACUUCAGUGCUUCGGGUGGCGGCAUCACGUCUCAGGGCCCGACGACAUCUGGGCCUCCCCAUGGCGGCAUGCAAGACCUGAACCGGCAGUAUGGUCAAAACCACGGCCGCAGCUUCAGCCAAGGCAACAUGUUGAGCCAGCAAGGCCCUCCCCAGCAGCACCAAUUCCCAGCCAGGAACUCUGCUCAGCCAGCUCCCCGGAUUGGAAACCCGCCGAGCACACAAGGUCCUCCUCAACUUGGUGCCUUGUCAUUCCAAGGCUCCCAACAUGCGCCCCAGUCCUCAACGCCGCCCCCAGGCUCCUCGUUCCCAGGUGACAGAGACCAGGGUGUCAGCGGUCCGGUCGGGGGUCCAGGCUACGGCGGCGCCCAUCCCUCAACAACGUAUGCACCUGCGGCAAGACACAUGGCGGCACCUUCCAAGCCUGUCUUUGGCGUGUCGUUGAAUCGCUUAUACGAAAGAGACGGGCUCGCCAUUCCGAUGGUAGUCCAUCAGUGCAUCCAGGCAGUGGAUCUUUUUGGCCUGGGUGUUGAGGGCAUCUACAGGCAAUCCGGUUCUCUGAACCACAUCAACAAGCUGAAAGGCAUGUUCGACGCAGAGUCGUCCAACCCGGCCCUCGACUUCAGAAACCCCGAGAACUUUUACCACGACGUAAACAGUGUGACUGGGUUGCUGAAGCAAUUCUUUCGCGAUCUGCCUGAUCCACUCCUGACGUCCGAGUACCACGACGCGUUCGUCAGGGCAGCUAAACACGAUGACGACAUAGUUCGCCGCGACUCCCUCCACGGCAUCAUCAACUCUCUUCCUGACCCUAACUACGCCACCUUGCGAGCCAUGACACUCCAUCUCUACAGGGUCAUGGACAACUCGCACGUCAACCGGAUGAACUCGCACAACCUGGCGGUGAUUUUCGGGCCUACCCUCAUGGGGUCUGACCCUAGUACCGCCAUCGCGGAUGCCGGCUGGCAGAUCAAGGUGAUUGACACCAUUCUUCAGAACACGUACCAGAUUUUCGAUGACGAUUGA